AUGACGCCGAGGUCCUCGCGACGCGCGCGGUUCCGCGGCGUCCUCGCGUGCGUCCUCGCGCUCGUCGUCGUCGUCGCGACCGCGGCCGCGUUCGCGCGGUCGGGAGGCGCGGCUCGAUUUUUCUCGUAUCCGCCGUCCUCCUCCUCCUCCUCCUCCUCCUCCUCCUCCUCCUCGAUCAAACGCCCGCUGAUCGUGAUGAUCACGCCGACGUACGCGCGCGCUUCGGCCGCGUCGCCGCCGCAGGCGAACGCGCUCCUUCGCCUUCGGAGCGCGAUGUGCGCGGGUCGACGCCACCGCUUCGUGUGGGUCCUCGUCUCGAGCGAGGUGCGUUCUAUACACUGGUUCCCAUACGAUCGCGUCGGCGUGGUGAACGCCGUUUCUUAA